CUUUCAUUCUUUGCUCAUCCUUCACUGCCAGCAUCCAAGAUGAGGUUCGUUCCUUUCGUUGCGCUCGCUGCGCCUGUCCUUGGCCAGUAUAAUGCCAUGCCGAAGCCCCCGGGCAAGCCUGAGACGCCGCCAAAGCCCGCGAAACCAUUGGGCCCAGGGAAACCGGACGGCAAGCCCAAGAAGCUCGUGACGCCCAAUGACUUGAUCAAGGACAUCAAGCUUGAGGAUCUGCUCGCGGGCUCCCAACAGCUGCAAACCUUUGCCGACGAGGCUGGCGGCAACCGUGCUUUUGGUGGCACCGGUCACAACGCGACAACCGAGUGGUUGUACCAAACAUUGCUGGCGACUGGCUACUAUGACGUGUACAAGCAACCAUUCGUUGAGCUGUUCACCGCCGCCACCACAAAGUUCACUGCCGCUGGUGAAGAGAUACCCGUCUCCUACAUGACCUUUGGCCCGUCUGCCGAUGUCACUGCCAGCAUUGCCAAGGUCAACAACCUGGGAUGUGCCAUUGGCGAUUACCCUGCCGCCAUUUCUGGCAAAUUGGCACUCAUCUCCCGAGGCACUUGUACCUUUGCGGAGAAGGCUACCAAUGCAAAGACUGCCGGUGCCGUUGGUGCACUAAUCUACAACAACGAGCCCGAGCAGGCCCUCUCAGGUACGCUCGGAGGCGAGGGCAACUAUGCCCCUGCUGUGGGCAUGACCAAGGAGGCUGGAGAGGCUCUCGUCGCCAAGCUUGGCAACGGCACUACAAUCGAGGCCACUCUCUUCGUCGACGCCAUUCGCGAGAACCGUACCAACUACAAUGUCAUUGCCGAGACCAAGGAGGGUGACCACAACAAUGUUCUUAUGCUUGGUGGCCACACUGACUCUGUCUUUGCCGGUCCUGGUAUCAACGACGAUGGAUCGGGUACCAUUGGUACUCUGGUGGCUGGUCUCGCACUUACAAAGUACAAGAUCAAGAACGCUGUUCGCCUUGGUUUCUGGGGUGCCGAGGAGUUCGGCAAGCUGGGAUCUUUCUACUACAUGAAGACCAUCAACGGCAGUCUUGGUGGCAGCACCCAGGAGGCCAACAAGAUCCGCGCCUACCUCAACUUCGACAUGAUUGCCUCACCAAACUAUGUCCUCGGUAUCUACGACGGUGAUGGCAGCGCAUUCAACUUCUCUGGUGCAGCUGGUUCCGACAAGAUCGAGAAGGAUUUCGAGGAGUUCUACGAGGCACGCGGCCUUGCCCACGUCCCCUCUCUCUUCACUCUCCGCUCCGACUAUGCCGCAUUCCUCGAGAACGGCAUCCCCUCUGGAGGACUCUUCACCGGUGCCGAAGUUCUCAAGACCGCGGAGGAGGCCCAACUCUUCGGCGGUGAGGCUGGCAAGCCCCUCGACGGAUGCUACCACCAGAAGUGCGAUGACAUCAACAACCUUGCUCAUGAUGCUUACCUCCUCAACACGCAGAGCAUCGCCAACUCUGUUGCCAAGUACGCCGUCUCUUUUGAGGGCAUCCCACGAGCCAACGCCACACUCCGCAAGCGUGGUGCAGAGUCGGCCAGACUGAUGGCCAGGUUUGACCAUGGCGGCCACGAGCACCUUGGACAGCCUUGCGGUUCUGGAAAGCACAUUAUGUAAAUAUGACAUGUUAAUGACCAAGGAGAAGGAGAAUGACGAGAUGAUACCAUGAGGCCAUAUUGUGUACAUAGAGAAUGAUAUAUAUCUGUAUUUCAGUCGC